AUGAAAACUACAAUUAUACUUAGCGCGCUCAACGCCCUGACGCUCAUGACGACCGGCACUUUCGCGGUCAACUGUCGUAUUGUAAAACGAUGGUUACCAGCGCAAUCAAUUGUACAAAGGGAAUAUAAACGAGCGCCAAGCGACAAGUUCCACCUGGAUCAGCACUUAUGCGAAUCUACUGCUCGAUGCAUGAUCACUUGCCGUAAUCUUGACCACACGGAGUGGGCUGUUGCAGGCGAGCUCAACGAAAAAGGCAAAGACAUUGCCAAGGUAGCUGGGAAUGAUGCAUGGGAACCUUGGAACCCCAGGGCACAAGAACAGGUAGGUUCGAUGCCCAUAUUCAUGAAAAGCUGA